GGAUUAGCCUAAAAGUCAGUGUCAAGCCAAAGCAACUCCAGUCUAAAGUCAGACUAACGAAUCCAGUUUCCAUAUUCAAAAUGUUAUACUAUAUGCUGCAGGCGGUUUCAACGGCCAUUUUUGCCACAUUUGCCACGCUAUGGCUGAUCGAAGAGAGUCUGAUCAACCUGAUGAUGUCCACGUUUCUGUUGGUGCUGCGCAUUGCCUGCCAUCCGCUGAUGGUGUUGCCCACAAUCUUUGGAGUCUACUAUCUGAUACGCAAGGUGUGGCUGCGACGCCGCCAGCUGGGCGAUGGUGAGGCAAUCCAAUCCACGGGGCGGCGUCCCAGCUAUCGCUCGCCACGAAUCGGAUCUUUCCGCAGCAUGGGCAGCACAUCGUCGCGCAGCAAUGAUAGCUGUGAUUACGAAGACGACGAGAUCCGUGGCUUGGAGAGAUCGUAGCUUUGUUAUAGGCUUAAUUUUAGUUUGUUUCAAAUUAAUGAAGUGAAGUCUUUGGUUUGAUUUACUAGAUUUACUCUUACAAAUGCAGACACAAACUACACUGACGCGAACGAACAUAUUUAUAUGUAUGUGUAUAAAAUUGUACUUAAAACUAAUACAGAGGCCUCCCCGCCUCGCUGAGUCCCGCCCCGA